AAUUUAGCGUGUCGCAUCACGAGUCCGUCCAUACGAGUCCUGAAGCGGCAGAAGAGGCAUGGUUUUCCAAGCGCUGGCUGCUCUUUCACCGCUUAUAAACAGACACACGCAAGACUAGCGAAAACACGACCCGAUUUAAACGUUAUUUUCCUCAUUUUCAAACGCAUUUUGUUCGUUUCCUGCUAUAUAAACUUCUCUAUUAGCUUUAGCCAGGUAGCUUGCAUCUGGAAAUUGGACAAGUAUGAUCAGCCUGGCGGUGGAUUAAUCGGCCUAUUUUAACAGAAGAUUCAUUUUUCUCAUGUGAAACCGCGAUGUCACAUAGUGUAGUAAAGAUUGCUUGUUGUUUGUGUUGUUCCAAAGGCGCUGUCUGAAGUUGAUGUACGUUAGGUUUGUAAAGCUGAACAAAAUCCAGGAAAACUGGAGAUCACAGCCAGCAAAUCUCUUCAGGAGAGCAGACUAAAGCCCUUUCUGCCUUCAAACUCAGCAGUUUAGACCAAAUCAAGACCGAGCAAAGACGACAUCCAUCCAAAGCCUUUUGAUUUCAUCUACAAGAAGAGAAUAAAGCACAAACAAAACAAAAACAGGCUGAUAUGAUGUUUCCACAAGCCAGGCACUCGGCUUCGUCUCAAUCGACACAGCCGCUCAAAUUCACCACGUCAGACUCUUGUGAUCGCAUCAAAGACGAAUUUCAGUUCCUGCAGGCACAAUAUCACAGUCUGAAGUUGGAAUGUGAUAAACUGGCGAGUGAGAAAUCUGAAAUGCAGCGUCAUUACAUAAUGUAUUAUGAGAUGUCAUACGGACUCAACAUUGAAAUGCACAAACAGGCGGAGAUUGUGAAGAGAUUGAAUGGAAUCUGUGCUCAGGUGUUGCCUUACCUGUCUCAAGAGCACCAGCAGCAGGUCCUGGGAGCGAUUGAGCGAGCCAAACAGGUCACCCCUCCUGAGAUGAACUCGAUUAUUCGGCAGCAGCUUCAGGUUCACCAGCUCUCUCAGCUUCAGGGUUUGGCGUUACCCAUGACCCCUCUGCCCCUGGGCCUGACUCCGUCCACCCUGCCCACCGUCACCUCCAACUCUGGCCUCCUGUCGCUGUCCAGCAUCCUCGCAUCACAUGCGCACCUGGCCAAGGAGGACAAGAGCUCCCGCGACGGGGCCGAUGGCCACCGCGAGGAGGACGCGGACAAAUCCGACUAGCCUUCAUAGAGAUAGUUUGAUUCUGUCAUGAGGUCUGUAAAGAGAGACCGAGUGCAGAAAGAGAGAAGAGAUUGCUGAAUCUACUCCUUCUGUCUCACAGGAUUGGGUCUGAUUCAGUCUCUCUCUCUCUCUGUUAAUACUGCAAAUCUUUAUUCCGUAAUUCUGUUUGAUUCAUUUUCUUUUGAUUAGUGAUGUUUGCUAAGGCUCUAUUACUAUUGCUCAUACUUGGGGUUAGUGAUUUGAACAAACCCCUAACCCUAAGUAUUAAACUUCAGCAUGUAACAUACCUCAAAUUGUGUGUCUUGAGGAGAGCUGUAUUAUUACUGUAAGUGACUUUUGAUUUUUCCUGGCAGUCAAUAAAUGGAUGAAAAAAUCCCAUAGAUAUUGACAGAGAGACCCAAACCGUAUCCAGAGACCUGAAUAUAAUAGAGACUUCAUGAUGCGUCAUCCACUUAUGAGUCACCCAAUGCUCUAGCAACAACCUAGUAACAUGUAGUUGUCCUGGCAACCACCCCAAACACAUGCGCAAACAACCACUCGGGUGCGUUUCCCAAAAGCAUCGUUCGCUAACUAUGGUAGUUAGUUCCAUUGAAAUCUAUUGGUA